UUUCUAUCUAUGCUGAUCAUUACAUAAUUACACCGUUUAUUAAUAAAAAAAAAUAUUUUGGAUUUCACCAUCUUUAUUUUAAGAUUAUUCCUUAGUUUAUUAUUGAGGAUGAAAUUUUUUACUACAUUAUUAUUAAUCACCCAUAUUGGGAUGUCAUUAACCGCUGAAAUAUUAAUGGUUACUAUGGGUGGUACAAAAUCACAUAAAAUUCCAUUUUGGGAAUUGUCAAGGGGUCUUAUUAAUAGGGGUCAUAAUAUAACAUUUUUAAAUGGCUUCACACCCGAUUUCAGUUUAAACGGAUUACAUGAAAUAACACCAUCAGGUCUAGUCGAUUACAUACAUAAUUAUACAAAUUGGGAUUUGCUCGGUGCUAGAAUGGCUGGUAAAAUGCCAGUGUCAGCAUGGGAUGUACUUAGAUAUCCUUUCCAAUCAUGUGAAGCAAUGUUAGAAGAUGAAGAAACCAAAGAACUCCUAUAUCGUACAUUUGAUUUAGCAAUAUUAGAUGGAGCAUUCCCAGAAUGCGCUCUUGGAUUAGUUUAUAAACUUAAAAUACCAUUUAUGUUUAUUAAUACAGUUGCGUUUUAUACUGGUGCGUUAUCAGUAGCUGGCAAUCCAACACCAUUUUCAAUAACACCAGCAUUUUAUGCACCAAUUUCAGAUAAUAUGAAUUUUCUCGAAAGGAUAUCAAAUGCAGGCAUGAUAAUGUUUGCAUAUUUUAUGCAUAAGUUUGUUGCAAUGCCGCCAGUUCAUAUGAUAUUAAAACAAAAUCUCGGAAUGGAUGUACCACAUCCAUAUGAAAUUGGAAAAAAUGUUAGUUUUAUAUUACAAAAUGGUCAUUUUUCUGUAACAUAUCCAAGACCAUUUCUACCAAAUGUGGCUGAAGUUGCAUGUAUUCAUUGUAAACCAGCGAAACCCUUACCAAAAGAUUUAGAAGAUUUUGUAAAUAGUUCAGGUGACACUGGUUUUAUAUAUAUUUCAAUGGGUUCAUCAGUAAAAGCAGCAAAUAUGCCAGAAAAAUUAAGAAAAUUAUUAGUAAAGACAUUUGCCCGAUUACCAUACCAUGUUUUAUGGAAAUGGGAAAGUAGUAUAACAAGUAUGCAUGAUUUACCAACAAAUAUAAAAUUAAGAAGAUGGCUUCCACAACAGGAUAUAUUGGGACAUAAAAAGCUACGUGCCUUCAUAACACAUGGUGGACUUUUAAGUAUGUUUGAAAGUGUUUAUCAUGGUGUACCAAUAGUUUCGAUACCAGUUUUUUGCGACCAUGAUGCAAAUGCAUUUAAAGCUGAAUUAGAUGGAUACGCUCUUGUGUUAAAACUAGAACAAUUAACUAGUGAUCAAUUAUAUAGGGCUAUUAAUCGUAUAAUCCAUGAUCCGAAAUAUAAAGAAAAUGCAAAGAUACGGCAGAAAAUGUUAUUAGAUCAAAGAACAACACCGCUUGAAACUGCAGUUUAUUGGACUGAAUAUGUUUUGAGACAUAAAGGAGCAUAUCAUUUGCAAUCACCUGGAAGAAAUUUAAAUUGGAUUCAAUAUUAUUUAGUUGACAUCGUUUUAACAUUAGUGGCAGCCGUUAUUUUAUUGAUUUUUAUUUUAAAACGUUUAUUAAAACAAUUAGAUUUUAUUAGAUUUCAAGGUACAAAACAAAAGAAACUGUGAUUGAUCUAUUAACCUGAAGAAACAAAAAAAAAACAACUCAGUGAUUUUUUUUAAUCAGUCUAAAAUUAUAGUUGUAAAUUUAAUUUUAAAAAUUCAAUUCAAUCUAAUUUAACUACAAACAAAAUAUUUUAGAGAUCACCUUUUUAUAGAAUAAUUAAAAUUAAUGAGAAGUGUUAUUUACUCUUAAUUGAACAUUUGAAGUUCAACAUCACCUUUAAUUCGUUUCCUUUUAAUCUUUGAAUUCAACAAGCUAACUAAACAGAAGGAAUAUA